ACUCUUUCUCUCUUGCGCUCUCUCUCGCUCUCUCUACCCCUCACUCACUCACUCUAGAUCACCGCUUUCUUUUAAAGCCAGUGCUUUGCUGUGUCUCUUUCGUUCUCCAUUUGUCUCCUCUACCACUGCAGGGGAUUCUACCGGCAAAGCACCAAGGAAGGAGAGAGAAGAAGAAGCUAUAGAAGGGGAGGUAGAUAGUGAGGGCGAAUUAUACAUCCAGGAAUAGCAUCAGUCACAUCUGUCUGACAGGAGAGUGACAGUGAGGAGACCUGGACACAAAAUGCCUAUCAUUUCUAACUUAACAACCAUUGUCUUGUUAGUGAUUGCUUACUGCGGAUCGGGGUCUGGGGCGAAUCAUUUGGGCCCCAUGAAGGUCUGUCCCGGCUGUAAGGAUCCACUGGGGGCAAGGCGCCCCCCUAGGGACCAUAAUGUCGCUGGCAGUACAUCAGUGUUGGCCCAAGGAGAGCCUUGUGGUGUGUACACGCUGACCUGUGCCAAGGGGCUGCGUUGUGUUCCCCCGCCACGAGAGCACAGUCCCCUCCAGGCUCUGUUGCAGGGAAGGGGCAUUUGCGCUAAGCACAGCAGGACCAAUCCUACUGAGAGGCCCCACCCCACAGGUCCACAUCCUUCACACAGUGGUGACAUUGAAAAAGCACCCUGCCGUAAGCUGCUCAACACUGUCCUUAGGGGCCUUGAGCUGACAGUCUUCCAGUCUGACCGUGACAUCUACAUACCCAACUGUGACACUCAAGGCUUCUACAGAAAAAAGCAGUGCCGCUCCUCCAAGGGCACGCAACGUGGCCACUGCUGGUGCGUGGAUGAGCUCGGUGCAGCCGUGGCCUCACGUGCCAGCGAAGACGACGUUUUACCAUGUGACAGGGAGUGACAGAGAGACAGAAGGGCAGGGGGAAGGGGGCGUCUUUAGUAUGUGCCCGGACAGGAGACAGCAGGGGUAAACCACUUCCUAUGGAAAAUACAUACCCGUUACUGUAUAUGUCUUCUCUAGAAGCGACACACACACUAUCACAGUCUAGCAGCAGCAACAAUAACAUCAGCGUGAAUGUUCAACAGUUGCAGCAGUGUCCUCUGCGUCACCUGCUAACAUGCUGCAUGCUUGUCUGAAUGCUUUAUGAACUGCCUCGGUGACCCAAGCAAGAUUACUUCAAAAGAUUUCUAUAUUCCCUGGCUCUUGUACUGGCUUACUGGUAGAUUUCCUCUUGACUUUAGGAUAGCUGACACUGCCUGUGUGUGUGUGUGUGUGUGUGUGUGUGUGUGUGUGUGUGUGUGUGUGUGUGUGUGUGUGUGUGUGUGUGUGUGUGUGUGUGUGUGUGUGUGUGUGUGUGUGUGUGUGUGUGUGCAUGCGUGCGUGCAUGCGUCUGUGCGUAUGUAUUCUGAUCUCAGUGGGCUCAAAUACUGUUAAACACAAACAUUUCAAACGUACUCCCUCACCGUCUUCUCUCCCCCUCUCCAAAGAUAACUGAUAUCAACUUCAUUAGCAUAUUUCUUUUAUAUUAAUUUAUAUAUGUAUAGUCAUGAUUAUGUACCUGGAUGGUUGUUUAUUCAUUUCUUGUCAAAUGAUGUUCCGAUGGUGAAGGGGAAUCUAGAAGCUUAAGGUUAUUUUUCUUUUCAAAAAAUUGUAAGGCAUAUUUUUAUACACAUCAAUACAGUAUUUUCUAUAUGAAUCGUUGAUUUAUUUAAUGAACUACCGUACGAUGCCAUGUAUUUUUAUAUUGUCAGCAGUUUCUUUUUCAUUUUAGGAGAAGGGAUUAAAUCGAUUAGAGCUUUUAUCAACCUCUAGAGCUUCUUUUAACUGCUGUACAUUUUCCCAUAAUAUUUCAUGUUUUUAUUUUCCAUUUUAUUUAUGUGUGAGAAUGUCUAUGUUUUUAUGUUUUUUCUGGAAAUUCAUAGAAUAAAUUCUAAUAAAUAAAAGAACCUGGUUACUCUUCUAGUAUGUCUUUCCCAAGUCUUUGCAAAUGUCAUGAAAAUGUGUGCUAUUAAAGUGAUGUUUAAGUAGUCUGUAGGAUUUGCAAAUGUAAAAAUAAUAAUAUUAAGAAUAAAAAACACAAUAAUAUAACAA